AUGGAAAGAUGGCUACCAAACUACGGGCCCAUUCCUCGAGCUCCCGAACCAGCAAGACCACAGCAACCUGUUAACCAAGAACCACCCCAAGACAUUCCACAAGACCCGCAACGACCACAGCCGCCUGUAGGCGCAGGUCGUAUUCCUGACUAUGGUCCGGAAUUCGCAGACCCAGAUCCAGACCCAGAGCCAUGGCCUGAGCCCAUCCCUGAGUAUGACAACCGUGACAUAGAAGAGCUCCCACCAGCACCGGUAAAUGACAACGACGGGGCAGCCGAUGAGGAACUGCCUGAAAACCAUUGGUCCAGACAAAUCGCCCCAGCAGCUAUCACGCAUGUCAUGUUCGGCAUGUCGGUACCUCCUUCUGACGAUGAUGUUGCGGAAUUGCUGGACGAAGGGUAUGAGAACAUCCCUUACAACUAUUUCAAACGGACGCCGCACAUCGUAUUCAACGUCAGGUACGGAAAUUGCACUUUCGAGCUCUUCGUGUCCUGCUGGACAUGGGAAGGACGGGAAUGUGGCAGGACGCAGAGCAUUCUCUACCCUUUACAAGAGCUCUUCGUUGAGCACAACGAUGCCGUCGUGGAGAAUGAUGAAUUCCGGCAACGAAUGGAUGAUUUGAGAGAGAGGGUGUUGGCUUUCUGUCGGCGCUUCCUCAGCCCUGGGGUUGCUAUGUUACCGAGACAGACCGGGCAGAUGCAGCUUGUCGAUGUAUUUGGGGAGUUCUUCGUCAGCGAGUCGGAUGCUCAGGGGGUGGGUUUUUGGGUUGAUCAGCGGCGAUUUGAGCCGCACGUGGAGUUGAGGUUCACCGAUGAUGAGGCGGAGAGGGUGGCCAAAGGAGAGAUCGAGGUCGAGAAGACAUGGGCCACAGAGAUGAGAAUCAAAGGAGAGGUCAAGGCCGGGAAAACCUGGGGAACAGACACCAUGACCAGAGAAGAGAUCAAGGCGAGCAUUGGUCUGGAUACGGGCCUGGUCGACCAUUAUUGA